AUGAUGGCCAGCUUCAUUCAAAGAGGCACCUGGUCCUUCACCCGCAACGCGCCCGCGGCGUUGAUUGAGGCCCUUCAGGUAGGGAGUGCUUUGAAAAGGGCACUCUCUCACCUCGAGGAGGAUAGAUUGACGUCCGGGCGUACCAGCGACUCGGUGCCUGCCGACGCGCCUUCCGACUCCCGGGGGCAGCGGCCAGCACAGCAACCGUACACUAUUCUAACCCAAACACAGUUUACAAAGCGAACUGCAGAAAUAAACGAGAUAACUAAUAACUACCACCCAUGCAAACAACGUACAGCAAUGACAACUCAAAUAGAUGAUGAACAGAUUACAAUGCUUCGACGGGCGUUCAGCAUGUUCGACUCGAGCAAACAAGGGCGAAUUGAAAAGGAGAAGGUGCGAACCAUCCUGAACACCAUGGUGCAUAGCUUCGACGAUCGUGAGCUGGACAACAUGCUGGAUAACGAAGAUGUUGAUGGUAGCGGAAAGCUGAAUUUCGAUUCUUUUGUUCGUGUUGCUACACACUUUUUGGAUGAAGAUGAUGAAGCAUUACAGAAAGAACUGAAAGAAGCGUUCAGGCUGUAUGAUAAAGAAGGCAACGGGUACAUCCCCACAUCGAGUCUACGCGAGAUAUUAGCAGCGUUAGAUGACCAACUCACGCCUGAUCAGCUGAACGAAAUGAUAGCUGAGAUUGAUACUGAUGACUCUGGAACAGUCGACUUUGAUGAGUUCAUGGAAAUGAUGACGGGUGAUUAGACGGCCGACCGCUGGAAUGAUAAACGACCCUUUGAAACUCUAGUCCUUAUAAUAAACAGCUACUUAUUGUAAGAAAAUUUUACUCAUUUUUCAGACUUUAAAACAUCCAGUUUACGAUAUCUCUGAUUACCAUCUAAGG